AUGGAGGCUAAGGUUGAAGAAGCCGCCCACAGAAAAAAUAUUUCCGAAAAAGAUAUAGAAGCUGGAUUACUUGUAAAGAUAAUAUAUAAGGGACUUUUUUAUAUGGAUAUGGAGUUACAUGCACAACCCGAUGAAUCUACAAUUAAAUGUAAUGCUCCUCUACAUUUAAUACAUAAACACCGUUGUAUAUCGAAUUCAACAUCAUCUAUAGGUCAAAAUUCUAUCAAUGAGAUAACUGAUGAAGAAGAAAUCAAACAUAUUGAUGAAGAACAACAACAUAAUAAGGAGAGAGAACAAAAAAAAGAAAAAGAUCGUACUAGAGGAAAAGAUCGUAAAAAAGAUGAACGUAUGAGAGAUCGAAAAAGAAUUAAAGAAAGAGAUCGUGAAAUGGAAAUUGAACUCAUACGUAACAAUGCCAACCAGGCGAUUUCAGGGGCAUCCUCUUAUAACAUUAUAGAAUUAAAAGGACACAACGAAGAUGUGUUUUUAUGCGCAUGGAAUCCAAAAGACACUAAUGUCUUAGCAACAUGUGGUUCAGACGGCACUUUGCGAAUCUGGAAUAUUUCUAAUUGGCAAAAAAACAAUACGCAACCCACACUCAUUAAACAUUUGUUUAAUAAGUCUUCAGAAUCUGUUUGUUGUCUAGAUUGGAACCCAACUGAGGCUAAUACAAUAGCUAUUGCAUAUUCGGAUGGGUUAUUUUGUAUUUAUAAUUCUAAAGGGGCUUUGCGUAGUAGUUCUCGUCAAAAUUCAGUUUUAACGAUUAAAUGGAGCCCAAAGGGCGAACAUUUACUUACUGUUACUCAAGAUGGAUUUAGCAUUUGUACUGAUAAGCGUGGAAACACUGUUGGGCAGUAUAAGCACGAAAGUUAUGAUGAAUCAUUUGUUGCAAGUACAAAAAACAAUAUAUUGGUUUAUACCAUUAAUCAAGAAAAUCCUAUUAAAACACUAACUGGUCAUAAAGGUCCUGUCAAAUGUUUGGCCUACGAUAAUAGUAAGACUUACUUGGCAAGCGGCUCGUCAGAUUCUACGGUUAAGAUUUGGAAAGAAAAUAAAAAGGAAAUAGGUUCACUUAAUCAUGAAAGUGAAGUACAUGGUUUAGCUUGGUCCAAUUUAAAGACGACUAGCAAGAAAAAAGAAACAGGUUAUAUUCUUGCUACUGCUACAAAAGAUCAUAAAGUGACGAUAUGGGACACAGAGAAUGGUAAAAAACUUAAGGAGUUGAAAAACAAUCAAGCUAUUGUAUCUACACUCGAAUUUAGUCCGAACGGAGCAUUUCUAGCUCUAGGGUCGUAUGAUCAAACUUUGUUGAUUAUUGAUGCUAAAAGUUUUGAAACUAAAAUUUCAUAUAGAACAGAUUCACCAAUAUACCGACUUCAUUGGGACACAUUAAGCUCUAAAAUAGCGUUUAGUUUGGCAAACGGCAACGUAAGUAAAAUCCUAAGCCGUUAUUUAUUAUAUUAUAAAUCAUAA